UUGCAUUCCUCUGUUAAUUCAGUCACUGAAUUGUCUCCUGGUCUUUUUGUGUGUGCAGAGAAUGGUUGGCUGCACAAAGCGGUGGCCUUGCCUUCAGGUGUCCAUCUCAUAGAAGAACUGCAAGUGUUUGAGGAAGCCCAACCCAUCAAGAGCCUGGUCCUAUCAGUACCGAAGAGAGUCCUCUUUAUUGGCUCCGACACAAAAGUCAUCCAAGUCCCCGUGGCCAAUUGCAGCAAGUACAGGACCUGUUCUGACUGUAUUCUCGCCAAGGAUCCUUACUGUGCUUGGACUUGGAAUGGAAGUCGCUGCGUCCGGAUUGAUGCAUAUGAUGGGUAAGAUGUGAAGGGGCAGCU